UCUCUCUCUUUAUGCCAUGUCUGCACUGGUGUGACCCUUCACCCAGGACACACAGUUGUUAGAGGGCCCCUGUUGGUGUUGUGGUCCCUGUUGGAUGAGCACAGAAUGCCAUUGAAACACAUUGCUCGGGUGCUCGCGUGUCUCCCCCUCAGCAUUUGACCAGCGUGGCAGCCUUGCAGCUUCCAUCCCGUUUUUCAGUGAUUCGCGGCGUGCAUGUGAUGUCCCUUGUUUGUUUGUUUUUUAAGCGAGAGACGGUCCCGGGCCCCCCUUCCUCCCCUCUCAGCAACUGCCCUAGAAAGCCACUUCCUCUCGUACCAUUCAUGCGGACAUUUGCCCUUUACCACCUCGGAUGGCCGGAGGAAGUGAACGCCGGGAAUUUGCCGUUGCUUUAAAGGCCUCGGCGGCGAGUGGCUGACAGGCGUGGAAGCGCAGCAGAGGGGGGAAGAACGCCUUCCUCGACCUUGGCCUCGGCUCGGCCUACCGGCGGCCGGAUCAAGGGAGUGGAGCGAGUGCGGCCUCCUGAUAACCGCUCCAGGCGGCGGCAGCAGCAACGAAACCAUGAUCGAAGACAAGGGCCACCGCGUGACCGACUACUUUGUGGUGGCCGGGCUGACGGACAAAUCCACCCCGCUGGAGCAGGACCUGUCGGAGACCAAGUCCAGCGGGCCCAAGGCGCCCAUCACCGACUUGGCCGUCAUCAACAGGUCGGCGGGGGAAGCGGUGCCCGAGGGCUUCACGUGCAUCGACGCCACCUACAGCGGCCAGCCGGCCAACCUCAACCACGGCAGCCUGAAGAGCCCCGAGCUGUUCCUGUGCUACAAGAGGGGUCGGGGGAAGUCCCCUUUCAUGGACGUGGGGGGAGUCGGCUUUUUCGUUUGGAGCCGUGGUGUUUGUCAUCUGGAACGUUUGCGUUUGCCCCCCCCUCCUCCUGAGGAGCAAAGAUCGGAAUGA